AACAAGGAGGAACCCCGAAAAAAAAAACAGGAAACAAUAAAAUUGGAAAGAAAGAUAAUUUAAGGGGAAAAAAAAAGGAAGCAUCUUUGGAGCUGGAGUGAGAGAAUAUGGAGAGGAGAAAGGUUGUGAUGUGUGGUGUGUUAUCUCUACUCGGUUUAUUAUCAGCUGUUACUGCCUUCGCUGCUGAAAUUACUCGAAUCAAGAGAUCUCAAGUCAAGGUUACCAUUGGAACAGAUUCAUUAAAAAAAUGCACUUAUCCAAGAAGUCCAGCUUUCGAUCUUGGCUUCACUUCAGCUCUCUUUCUAUUGAUGGCUCAGAUAAUAGUCAGUGUCUCAAGCGGUUGUUUCUGUUGUAGAAAAGGUCCUGCUCCUUCGAGGUCUCAUUGGAUUAUCGCCUUAAUCUGCUUUGUUGUUUCCUGGUUCACUUUUGUAAUAGCUUUCCUUGUGCUGCUUAGUGGAGCUGCACUCAACGAUGAACACACCGAGGAAUCAGUGGAAGGUAGUCUUUACUUUUGCUACAUUGCCAAACCGGGCGUUUUCUCCAUUGGUGCUAUACUUUCGCUUGUUACGAUUUCCCUUGGGAUUGUCUACUAUCUAUGUUUGAGUUCAAGUAAGCAAGAUGUUACUACCACAAUGACCCCGGUGAACCAAGGAGCAGGUAUAGCAAUGGGGCAGCCUCAGAUUCCAGAGAGAGUAGAAGAUCCUGUCUUUGUUCAUGAGGAUACUUACAUGAGAAGACAGUUCACUUAAAAACAGGCAAGGCGUUGCUUGCGAACCACGUUAGGUUUAGGAGGGCAUAUAGAUAAAAGGAUUUGUGUUUGUGAUUCUUGUAUGAUUAAAGACUAUGAAAACUUUGUAAUGAUGAUUGGCAAACGUCGGUUGGAAGUGAAAAUCCUUGGGGACCCUAAAAAAGACGUCACUUAUUGUGAAUUGCGUAAUCUUUUGUUUUUUCUUCUU